UUCUGCGUGGCGAUUGAGGUUUCCCGGGCUUCCUGAGCGGUAACCUGUCUGCGUCAUACCUCACGUCGUCUAUUUCUUGCGUUCCCUCAACGAGAGCAUAGUUUUGGGUAUGGCAUGAGAAAGCUCACUUCUCUCUAGUCAACAUGUCCCUCGCACGCCCCAACGCCCGCCUCCUCGCUCGGACAAACCGCGUCGUGAUGUCCCAAGUCCGCGCCUACUCUGCGCCCGGCGAAGGCGCCAUUCCACCCUCCAAAAAGCGAUACGUCCCUACCUCCGGCACCUAUCCCCUCGGUUUCCGUGCCGGCAGCGCACAUGUCGGCGUCAAGCCCUCAAACACCCGGUUCGACGAUCUCGCGCUCAUCGCGUCCGACACACCGUGCUCAGGCGCAGCAGUAUUCACAACGAACAAGUUCCAGGCGGCACCUGUGACUGUAAGCCGGGAGAUGCUGAAAAGGAGGAAGGGUGAGGGUGUUAGGGCGGUGAUCAUAAACUCGGGUUGCGCGAAUGCCGUGACGGGCAAGGGCGGGAUUGAGGACGCGAUCAAGAUGGGGCAGGAGACGGACAAAUGCUUCAUAAAUGACAGCAAUGGCGAGGACGAUGGCAACGGAAGCAGGAGCAUCGUGAUGAGCACAGGGGUCAUUGGGCAACGAUUACCGAUUCAGAAGAUCCUCUCGAAGCUGCCUACAGUCUACUAUAACCUCGGGGAUACGCAUGAGCAUUGGCUGAGCACCGCGCGGGCGAUAUGCACGACGGACACAUUUCCAAAGCUCGUUUCUAGGACGUUCAUGCUACCGAGUAGCCAGGAAGAAUACCACAUCGCCGGCAUGACGAAGGGAGCCGGAAUGAUCCACCCGAACAUGGCGACUCUCCUUGGUAUAAUCUGUACAGACGCGCCAAUCGCUCCCGCGCCUCUGCAGCAAGCCCUCACGAACGCAAUUACAAAGUCUUUCAACAGCAUCUCGAUAGACGGCGAUACAUCGACCAACGAUACCGUAGCUAUCCUUGCAAACGGCGCUGCAGGUGGUCAAACUAUAAGUUCUACUUCCUCCGAAGACUUCAGAGCUUUCCAGGAAACUCUCACAGACUUUGCAAUUGACCUCGCCAAGCUGGUCGUCCGCGACGGUGAGGGUGCUACGAAAUUCGUCACCAUCCGCGUCACAAACGCGAAAACUUACGAGGACGCCAAACGCGUCGGCAGCACCAUCGCUCGCUCACCACUCGUCAAGACUGCGCUCUACGGCAAGGACGCGAACUGGGGUCGGGUACUCUGCGCUACAGGCUACGCCGAGGGCGUGGAGUCGGUCAUCCCGGAGGAGACAUCCGUAAGCUUCAUCCCGACCGAUGGCAGCGAGGAGUUGAAGCUGCUCGUCAAGGGCGAGCCGGAACAGGUAGAUGAAGAGCGAGCGGCGAAGAUACUGGAGGCGGAAGAUCUAGAGAUUUUGGUGAGGCUGAGCGAGAAGUACCACGAUGAGGCGACGGUUUGGACGUGCGAUUUCUCGCAUGAGUAUGUCACCAUUAAUGGGGAUUAUAGGACUUGAUAGAGAGUGAAGUAGAGAAUGGUCAAGGAAUUGUACCGUACUCGAAUGCAUCAUUGGCCGCUCGGCAUCUAAGAAGUUAAGGAAAACCUAUCAAAUACAGCUUCGAAAACAC